CAGCGUCCAGAGUCUGAGCCACCUGCUGUGGUGUAAAACAAUGUCUGUGUUUACGCUUCAUUUCACCUCCGCGUCUCAGUUUGACACCCAGAUUUUUCUCAUUAUCCUUAAUGAUUUACAAAAGAUAUGUGAAGGAUUGGCAAAUUAAAAUAAUUCUCCAGACAGAAGGUAUUUUUUUAAUUUUUGUUUCAGUUCUAAUUUGAGAUUAUUAGCCAGUCAUUGUAAAUAGUUAUCUCAUGGUGUUAUUUGUCUUAUCUAUAGCUUAAUAAGCAUUUAAUAAUAAGUUGCUUGAUUUAAUUUUUUAUAGUAAAAUGGAAUUAUUAUGUCUUUCAGUUGUGUGUUAAAUUAUUUACACAAAAUAAUUAUAUUUUGUCUGGUUAAUUUGUUCGGAGGGAAAUCAGAUUUCUGAAGACAACAUGCAUUGAUGAAAGGUUUUCCUCACAAUUAUUCAAGAAUCUAAACAACCUUUUAUGUGCUUUAUUUACAAAGUCCAACUUUAUGUAUUCACUAGGGGUGGGACUGAAUCAGAAAACAAUUAAAUUAAUUAAAUGCUUUGUAAUUAAUUAAUCUUGAAUAACCACAUUUUAAUUGUCAGACAAUUUGUUCCCAAGCAAGUUUUUUAAAAUAAAAAUAAUGUCAGUGAGGCACACACGACACACCCACACUUCAGUGACAGAAUUUCCCAAACCACAAGGUCUAUUUGAUUACUUUAGUAAAGUAAGCACAUUUUAUUCAUAUAGCACUUAUCACAGACAUAGAAUCAAAAAGUGCUUCACAUAGACCAAAACAAAAUAAAACAAAGUCAUAAGAUCAAAAUGAUCUCAACUUUAGUUUCAUUAUAACCAGAUAACCAUUAUGGGAUUUGUUGGGAUGUGUAAAUAUUAGUGUACGUGCUAUUUAUACGCGUAAAUGGACAUGGAAAUGUGUAAAUGUUGUGUACUCAACUGAACACUAGGUGGCAGCAGAACCCUGCUAAUAAAUAUAGAGGUGUAGUGUAGAGUUCAGGAGAAGUUCUGCUGAGGGUUACAAGGUGAAGGCUGCAUGUGUGCUUGUCCCUCCUGUUGUAAUAAAGUUCAUAUGGAUAUGGGUUCAAAUGGAUAGCACCUGUAUAUGGUGUUGUAGCCCAGAUCUUGUUAGAGGUGUAGCUUGAUGAUAUUUAUUGAUAUAUAUAUAGGGCAUAAAUUGUGAUGCAAAACUUUUCCAGAUCCCAAUUGGGGGACGCUCUGUGUCACAGGGGUACAUUGUUAAUGCAUUAUUUUUUCUAAUUGAUUAUUCAUAAUUAGCAUGUAAAAUUUCUACCCCUAGUAUUUUAUAUUUGUAAUUCCAUUUCACAAGAAAAACAUUUUUUUUGUUCUGCUUAUUAUAAAAAACAAGGAAGAUCCUGAUAGCUGCUCAUUCUUAGCAGUUUGCUAAACUUGGGAGAAAAUACCUGAAUUUGGACGAUGUCAUCAAAAGAUGCUGGGUUUUUUUUCAUCAGGACACAAUAACCUCCACAAAUGUGAAACUUGGCUGUGACAAUAUGCCAGUUUUUGCAAAGAUGGGUAAAUUAACACUAAAUAUGAUUAAAUAAAAAAGCUAAGCAUUGAUAAUAGAUUUAAAAUAUAAUUUUACCAAGCUAAGAAGAGUUAUGGAUCAUGUAUUAAAUGCUGAGUUCAUUCACAGCAAUCACGUCAUUUACUUUGGUAAAUUAUAUUGUUUAAGAAAGUAAGACAAUAGAGGAUAGAAAACACCCUGAAACUUAUGAAAGCAUUCAGUCAGAACACAAUACAAAUAAUGAAAUAAAGACAUACUGAAAACAACCAAAACAGAAUAAACGUUGAUAUUUUGAGACUCAUUGAGGUCAGCCUUUUUAGCCCCGUCAGAGCUGCAGUCUUCAAAUUGUUGCAUAUUGUUAUUUUUUGGCAUUUGCAUGUAAUUGAAUGAGACCUGAAACCAGUUUGUCUUGCAGAUCUGCACCAGCCAACACCCAGUUAACCGAGGUGUGAUCAUUUUCUAAACAGCCCAUAGUAAAUACGCACAUUUGCUCAGGUUUGAUUUUGGCCUGAUUCCAGCUCAUAUUUGUGAAAGGGUGUGCCGUCCAUCCUUUGGUUUGUUGUCUCAGAGGCUUUUCUGUCACAGUGAAGUUGUGAGGAUCCAGGUCAUGAUUACUGUGUGGUUUAUGUAACCACUAAGAUUCAUAAUAGUGCAACUAAAACUUUUAUCAUUAAAUACAUCCUGGUGGUCACUCCGUAGUUGGUGUGUUAUGAUUAAACAUUGAAUAAUGAGCCAUUCGUCUGUUUUAGAGUCCAGUUUUUGGUCCUUUUUAUUUAAUUAAACGUUUUCAGUCAUAAACAACAUUGGUCUUGCUUCUUUAGUUUUAAAUGUUACACUUUUACACUUUUCUCUUUUGCCUCGCAACCAAAGGAAGCUCACAAUUUUAUGACAGUGGCUGAUUCCAAUGCUAAUUAUCGCUCAGCUCACUGAUGCUAAUAUUGCUAACUUCUGACAUUUUCAUCAAAACGAUUUAAAGUAGCCUAACUACUGGUGCAUCGUUUCAUUAUUUCCUCACUGUUGUGGAGUUUGAUUCUCUCUCAGGGCUCAGGACCCAGUUAGCAUGGUUUAUGUUUUCAAAAGAUGUUUUAAUCAAACCGUAACUAUCCUUUUUUAAAAUGGCCAAAUUCAGCUCUAAAAGUGAAAGGUUUCUAGACAUUUAACCAAGUCAUGAGCAGCAAAUACAUGUAUAUAUUUUACUGUGGUUGGCAAGACAUCUAAGCUUGUCCUGACAGCGUCCUAGAGAGUUAAACAGACACAUUUCUCUGAGCUGCUCACCUGAAUGUCAUCUCACUGCUGUCUUUCAGCAUCAGCAGUGAUUCCUGAAUUGGGAAUGGGCAUAAUUUAUUGAUUUAUCAUGUUGCUGGCCGUAUAUCCUGUAGCGAUCAUACGUAUAUGAUUUUUAAAUUCAGUCAUGCUCAACUUAACCAACGUUUACUCCUGUGUAUGCCCAGGUAAUCCUGACUGUCUCUACACGCUGACUCCAGACAGACUCACAGACGAAAGCAGGCAUUUAAGAACACAGAAGAAGAGCACUUCAUUUUUAGAGCAGCCAGAGUGAGAGAUGAGCACAUGAAGAGCAGAAACAGCGAGCCGACGACAUCCUGACAAGUAACCUUACUUCUUCACCCCACCACACACCCGCCAACACCAGAAGUGGGCAUCAGCAGGAAGGAAACAAGUGACCCCCUCCUCCAGCAGGCAUGAGGUCCUUUCGUUCCUUUAGUAACGAUGACCGCCACGUCAUGACGAAGCACUCCACUAUCUACCCCUCCUCGCAGGAGCUUGAAGCCGUCCAGACUCUGGUGUCCACAGUCGAGUGCGCCCUCAAACAUGUCUCUGAUUGGCUGGAUCAGAGCAGCGGAAACAUCCACAACAACUUUGAUAGCCAAGCGGCAGACAGACCAGAGGAGGAUGACCCUGGAGACGAGCACCAUGAAGAUACUGAAGAAUCCAGCGGCAGCUACAGGGAAUCCAGCGGUGGGGGUGUGCUUUGUGGAGUGAUGAGGGUCGGUCUGGUGGCCAAAGGACUCCUGAUCAAAGGAGACAUGGACCUGGAGCUGGUGCUGAUGUGCAGAGACAAACCCACACAGACGCUGCUGGACACUGUCUGUCAAAAUUUACCCACACAGAUCCAGAAGCUGACAGAGGAGAAAUACGAGGUCACGAGCUCUUCGCCCGAGGCGGCCAUUCUGGUUCAGACUACGGCAGAGCCCAAACUCACUCUGAAGAUUGCACUCACCUCGCCAACAAUGAGGGAGGAUGAUUAUCAGGAAGAAGAGGAGGAGGAGGAAGAAGAAGUAGAGGAGCUUGAGAAUGGAGAGGAAGAAGGGGGGGUGGAAGAGGUGGCAGAGGAGGAAGAAGAGGAAGAAGAGGAGGAGCCGGGGAAAGAAAACGGUCAAGUGUUGGGUGCUGCUGCGCAGAGAGUGGAGGCUGAGGAGGAGGAGGAGGGGGAGGUGCUGGAUAGACACAGAUGUCUGUUGGCCCUGGCAGCGCUGCGACACGCCAAAUGGUUUCAGGCUCGAGUGAACGGACUUAAGUCCUGUGUAAUUGUCCUCAGGAUACUUAGAGACAUGUGCAAUAGACACCCUGUCUGGGAACCUCUCAAAGGAUGGCCGUUGGAGCUCAUUUGUGAGAAGGCCAUCGCUACCUGCAACAGACCUCUCGGGGCGGGAGAAGCUCUGCGCCGUGUCAUUGAGUGUCUGGCCUCAGGCAUCCUGCUCCCAGGUGGUCCAGGUCUGCACGACCCAUGUGAGAAAGAGCCCACAGAUACUCUAGCCAGCAUGAGCCACCAGCAGGCUGAGGGCAUCACCUUUAGUGCACAGCACGCUCUCAGACUCAUGGCAUUUGGACAGAUCUACAAGGUCUUAGAGAUGGAGCCUCUUCCCUCAAAUAAACCAUCACAGAAAUACCCCUGGUCUGACAAAGAAGGUUUAGGUCUGAAGAGGCCGUAUGAAGACGGGACGAUGGAUGACAAGGACCUCAUCAAGAAGAUGAAGAGAAAUCUUAGAAAAGUCCUCGACAGUAAAGCCAUAGACUCCAACCAGCCAAUGAAUGCCCUGAUGCGCCUGAACCAGAUCCGACCAGGGCUGCAGUACCGCCUGCUGUCUCAGUCUGGGCCCGUCCACGCUCCAGUCUUCACCAUGUCUGUGGACCUGGACGGAACCAAUUAUGAAGCAUCUGGGUCCUCCAAGAAGACCGCCAAGCUCCACGUGGCCGUCAAGGUUCUCCAGGCGAUGGGCUACCCGACAGGCUUCGACUCAGAUCUGGACCCGAUGAGCUCAGAUGAGAAGUCAGACAGCGAGGGGAAGAGCGAGACAUCUUCACACUCUAGCAAUAACCCAACUCACUCCUCAGACGGCUCCAACACGCUGGAGGUGCGAACUCAGGGUCCCAUACUGACAGCGAGCGGGAAGAAUCCCGUCAUGGAGCUCAACGAGAAGCGACGGGGCCUCAAAUAUGAGCUGAUCUCUGAGAGCGGCGGCAGCCACGACAAACGCUUUGUCAUGGAGGUUGAGGUUGACGGGCAGAAGUUUCGUGGGGCAGGCCCCAACAAAAAGGUAGCAAAGGCCAGCGCCGCUUUAGCAGCUCUGGAAAAACUCUUCUCUGGUCCCAACGCAGCGGCAAAUAAGAAGAAGAAGAUCUUACCUCAGACUAAAGGAGCUCUGGCCGCCGCCGCAGCAGCAUCGGCUGUAGCAGCACAGGUGGCGAGAGGAAGAGGGAGAGCAGCACUAGCGAGAGGAGCUUUCGUCAGUGCCGCUGCACCUGGAUACGUCACACCAGGCUUUGGCACACCGUACGGCUACAGCCCUGCCGCAGCAGCUGCUCCUGCAUACGGUUUACCCAAGAGAAUGCUUCUGUUGCCUGUCAUGAAAGUGCCCGCCUACCCCGUCCCCCACUACUUCUUUUAGCGCAGGACACACACACACACACACACACACACCAAAUGCAGACAGCUUUUUGUUUCGUUUUCUAGAAUGGAAACACAUUUUGUUUUGGUUUUUUGUACUUUUGUUUAUCUUUUUUUUUCUACACUCUCAGUGAUGGGGAAAAGAUGAAGACUUCUAGGAUCAUUUGUUUUCUAACUGUUUAAAAAACUUUUUAAAAUCUGCAGGUUCUUUAAAAAACUUGAAGGAUGUGUACUGUGAAAUGUGUUACCUCAGUCUUUGAGUCUAAAUUAUAUAUGGAGCUUUUAUUCAUGCUUUGCUGAGAGGAGGAUAUUCUUUGCAAUAGAUCACAUGACACACAUUUUCUGUGUAUAAAGAAAGUAAUAAUGUGAGCUGUGUGAAAGAUGUACAGGAAGAAAUCAAUGAUGCUGAAAAAAGAAUAAAGUUUAGCUCAAACGCUGCCUGUUGUAUAUCUGAUUUCAACAGGAACCUUUAGUUCUUCUCUGCAGUGAUGAUUUAAAUCUGAAAAUGCAGUUCUGGAUUCCACCUUCCUGAAUAUAAUGUCAGCACUUUUCAGGCCGUCCCUUUGACCUGCAGCUCAUAGAUAUUUAGAGCAAAGAGCCUGAAGACGAGAGGUGAAUUUAAAACGCUCCUGUGAGAUCCUCGAUCCCAUGUUCAGCUGCACAAAAUGAAGCUACCUCUGUGCGGCAUGUGGAUUCAUUUUUGGCAGCUGCCAGGAGUACGCCGUAAACCAUACAGAGUGUUUGUAUCAUGUGAGGGAGCGCAUCGGUGCAGAUGUAGAAGCACGGUUAACCCUGUAACUGUCUGAUUGACAUGAAUCCAUCUAAGCGCAUGUUGCUCGUAAUGUUUUGAAGUUGCUGGUUCAUUUUUUCAGCAUCAUUGCUGCACAUGUUGUGUUAGCUCAUGUUUUUAUUUCCUCUCUUGGACCUGUAACCUAAACCACAGAAGUCUGGGUGGAUAAGUUUGUCCUCAGUGCUCAUUAUGAAACAUUAGCGGUGAGACGACCCGACAUUAAAACGGCCCUGCACCAGAGCGAAUAAAGGACGCGCUCAGCAGAAAGGUCAAAGGUCAGAGCCAGCAGAGGCACGGUCAUGCUGGCCUCUACAUCACGUGUUUUCCAUCCAGCCAGCGAGAGAUAAACCUCUGAGGACGUCUCUAUGGUUACGGCUGUGAGGCGCAGCCAUUGGAUGAGAGGAUCCAGAGUCUUGUCCAAUGGUGGUCUGUUCAUUGACAAUCCUUUCUACCAGCCGCGUACCAUCGCUCCUUUCAUCAUCCAUCUGGGUCCUCAGGAUCUUUUCUCUGACUUCUAAAGGCAGGAAGCUGCUGGACACACUCGCCACACUUACGUUUCUCCUCACACACCCACUGUUUUUUGGGUCUGUGUGAGAGUGGGCCUCCUGUCUGAUCCCACAGAUGGAUUCACUUCGAUUUGACCGCUGCAUACACGUUCUCACCUGCUGACCGAGAGCCACGGCACCCUUCUCUCUCUCCCCUUAACCCUCCCCCUCUCCCUGCUUUCUCUUCUCUGUGCCCAGAUUUUCCUCCUCAGAGGAGAGCAGAUUUACACAAAGCAAUACUCUGGUUUUAUGAGGCACGUUCAGUGGGCGACUGUGCGAGAAGGAGCUGGACUUUUGGGGUUUUUUCAAAUAGCAAUACACCUGAACUCGUCUUUUAGAGAACAUGUGAAUGUCCGACGGAGGUUUUCUCAACACAGAGUUGCAAUAGCUGAAUCUGAUUGUAUAUUCAUCUUACGUGUGUGUAUGUGUGGCUUUACCAUGACUAUAUACACAUCUAAUAUGGUGUAUUUCUAUAACAGUGUGUUGACAAUAAUAUACAAUGAUGUACGUAUGUAAAUACUCUAUAAAUUAUAAUUAUUGUUAUAAAAUAUUUUAGAAUUCUAAAGUAAAAUGUAACUGUACUAUCACAGCAUAGCUUUCUUCCAGUUUUAUAAACACUGAGCAAUUGAAGCUAGUUCUAGAAGAUGCAAUAUUAUCUUUGGUAUUCUUAAUAACCUGUGCUAGUAGAGUAUUGAUGCUUCCUACUGUCCUUCCUUCCUGGUUCCCUCUGUCUUUGAUGUCUAUCUGAGCCUUUCUGAGCACGCUCUCUGCUGCCUGGGGUUUGUUUACACGGACCAGGACCAGAAGGGCGCUCCCUUCUAAACACACUCGUAUGACCCAAUCACACACUCUUUACCUGUCGGAAAGCACAUUUUUCUAUAGUCUCACUGCUGGCAGGGAAAACUGUCAUCAUUGUGUGUGUGUGUGUGUGUGUGUGUGCGUGCAUGUGUGUGCGCGUGUGCGUGCGAGCGUGCACGCGCUUGUGAGAGAGACUGAGGUUUGUGUAUGCGCUCUUCAAUCUGCCGAUAAUGGACACACACACACACACACACACAGAGCAACUGUGAGCUUCACUCUGCUCAUCUUACAGGGUCCAAUAGCACAGCUCCUCUCUCUGUCUCUCUCUCUCUCUCUGUCUCUCUCUCUCUCUCUCUCUCUCUCUCUCUCUCUCUCUCUCUCGCACACACACAUCAAUGGGAGUUGAUGUCCGUAAAGUUUGUUUUCCAGAGAGAAAUUUUGCAGCUCAGACUGAAAACUCAAUCCUGCUUCCUACACUCUUGAUCUCAUGUUGCCUGAGAUAAAAAAUAAUUGCAUCAGAUACUUACACAAACUUUAGUGAAGUGUAGAAACAAAGAAGUUAAAUCCCAUAUUUGCCUUCAAAAGUGUAAAAUGGAAACGUUGCCGUUAGAUUGUUAGCUAAGAGUGUUUUCUGUGGAUAUUUCUGACUCAAGCCAUCCGUCCUCCAUCUCGGAGGCUCUCAGAGGUCUUCAUCUGUGCUCUGGGCAGUUAGGACCAUCAAGUCCAGAACUCUUCUGGUCUUCUUUAUGCUGAAGAUGGCUCUCAGAGACGUAGGCAGCAGGAUAAAAUUCAUAGCACUGAUUGAAUUCCUCAAACCUCAGACUCGAGCCACAGAAACCACUGUAUCACUUGUUAUUGUCUCAUUUGAACUCAUCUAGCUAUAUUUUCUGUUUUCAUGCAAUCGGGAGUCUUUUGGUGUUACGUUGGACAUCUGGCAUGUGGGCUGCCAUUCCUCCAUGAAGACCAUUUCUGGUCAGACGUUUCCAGAUAAAUGUACCUGGAUCUCUGAAGCUUAUGACACUGCUGCACAUCCAUGAGCGGUCCUUCAUCAGCUUGCGCUGCUGCUCCACCUCUGCUCCUCAUGUUUUUCUCCUGAUGGUAACAUCACCCUGAAUUCUCUGUCGCACCUCACUGGCAGAGCUUUGCUGCUCCUCGUCCAAAUUCAAACCUCUUCUGUUUAACUUUGAGUCAGUUUCAGCCCACGUGUGAGAAUGAAGGCCAUCACCACCUCUUUGGUUUGAUGGAAUAAUCAAACUCUUAAUUAAAGGUACAAAGUAUUAUUUGUGCAAGUGAAUCAAAUACUGGUCACACCUUUUCUCAGUAACAUUUUGAUCCCGUUGACUGAAACAUUUGAGCAGAUUUAUGGUGUUUACAUUUUUCCAAGAGCUCGUUUUCUCUGUUUCUCAUUUCUGUGUUCUAACGUGAAACAGACGUCACUCAGCAAAGGAAAAACUGUUGGGAAUGUGCAUCAGAUGGGAAUGAUUCUCGUCCCGUUCACCCUAAACUGGGCACCAGUUUUAUAUUUACUGAGCUGUAACUGAACAGGAAUGACAUCUGAGGAGCAGAUGAUUUACACACCAAGCUUUGAAAGCUAGUUUUUCCACACGAGAAGUUAAAUAUGAGCUACAGUCUGUGAUGAAACCGUGCACUCAGUAGAUUUCUGAUCUUCAAAGUUUUUCGUUACUUUCCUGGAGAGACGAGGUCACACAAUAACGGUUUCAGAGAGUGAGAGACUAGAUAAUUAGAGACUUUCAUUACAUUGACGAACAAAUCUGGAUCUCUCGUUCUGUCUGUUUGCUCUCAUGUGGAAUUUACAUGCAGGUGGAAUAUAUCGUUUUGUUAAAAACAGACCUCCAUCAGCUGAGCCCCCUCCUCCCUCUGCCCCAGAUGGCCCACAUUAAUAAGGCAGACAGUCAUACCUCAGUGAGCCAUUUCCCUUCAGACCCAACAGACUUGUAGGAGGAGUCCCCCUGACUGCUGACCCCGUCCCCUCCGUGUUUCGGUUGUUGGACGGCGCGCAGAUCAAACAGUGGGAGCCAGAGACGCACGGCCGGUGUAAAACUGGCACAGGCGGUCCGGUGGGAACAUGCAGGACGAGGCUCUUCCGCAGUCAGAGACCGGGUUCAUUUACUUUGGAGGUCCCAAGUGUUUUUCUCUUUACAGGAACUGGGACAAAACCAGACUUUGCAUUAGAAUUACUCUGUUUCGACUCGUUUGUCCAAAAACAAUGGAUGAAAAUGAGCAAAAACCAUCUUUAAAGACUUCUCCAUGUAAACAUGGAAUGAUGUGAAUUAAAUCAUUUUAAUGGAUACUUUGCAACUUUUUCAUGUUUUUAAAUAAAUGUUGAUAGUGUGUGCUAAUAUGACCCUUUACAGGGUUAAUGAAAGGCCACCCAGCUCUUAUCGCUCCCUGGGCAACGUCACAGUUGUCGGUUAGACUUAUAAAAAAUUGAGCUGACAUACCUGGCGAUGCAGUCUGCUUCCGUCAAGUUUCCUGCAUGUUUUAGAUCAUGAACCCAGCUGAUUUGUUUAAUUUAAGGAUGAACCUCUCCUGUGGACACUACAUAAGGCUGAGGAAAUAUUUCAGCUGUUAGAUUAAGGUGUUAAAAAGACGACGUACAGUGAGGAGAUACGUUUUGCUUUCAGCUCUACAAACGGACACUAGAGGGUGCUAAAAGCGACCCUAGCCUAGUUCCUCUUUCAUUACCAUAGCCCAAUGAAGACGGAUAAUGGUGUGUGUUCAACUGGUUUAAGUCAACAGCUUCCAUCUCAAAGUGUAGUUAUUUAUAAUUAUUUCUAUAAGCAUCAGUUUCACACCACAUGAUUUUAGCUGCAUUCUGUGGAUUUCGCAGCACAAAGCAGAAGUGGCUGUUGGUUUAGCAACAGAGGCUCAACGUUCAUUCGGUGAAGAAUAAGAUUGCUUUUCUUUAUUUUUAUUGGAUAAAACAAGCAGUUUUUAGGAAAACCCUAACCCACAUGAGCAGUUUCAGGAAAACAAUGAGCUUAAAUGCUCCUGUUUUCAGAGAUCUGUGCAUGGGGUCGUUGGAGUCUCCUUGCUCAAAAAAAUCUCUUCUGUUGCGAGUGGAAAACAUGAAACCUGAUUUUCAGAUAUUUUAAUUGAUCUGUUUUUAAGAACUCAAAUGUCCCACAGAACGCUGAUUCAUCAGGUCUUGGGGGGGGGGAAUAGAUCUUUUCAGAGCUGUCACUUGUCCACCACUCAUGCUGGACCGAGACCAUUUGGACAGACUUGUCUCGUGUUGAUGAUCAUCACAGUUGUUUUUGCAGUACAUGCUCCUGAUUUGUUGACAAUAUUCCCACUCUGGUGCUCUCAAACAUCCUCAAUGUAAACAUUCAUAGACGGUUUCCCAAACACCCUUUCGGCGUCCAUUCAGCAAACACCACCACUUGCACAUCUACAAAGCACAAGCUGCAUACAAGCAAUACACCUGCAUGCCGUACUCAGGGCCACCUGACACAAACACAUUUAUGCCAACACACACACACACACACACACACACACACACACACACACAUAAGCACACUCAUAAUCAAGUGUAAAUACUCAAGCACAUUGAAGCGGUGUGAUAUUCUUUGCUCUGUAGAUUGUAUAUUUGUGUCCAGUGUGAGUCACAAGUGGUUGGAACUUGUUUUUGCUUGAGGAAGCGAGCCAUGAAUAGCUGAGAACACACACACACCCCAAACCUGCUCUGUUAUGGUGCUUUACGAGGAGCUGUCUGUAGCGCUGUACAUAAUGGGUCUCUGCUGGGAGGAGCGUGCUCAUGCAGGAGCUGCAGAUGGUUGCAGAACCAAUAGGGCGAGUUUCCAAAAGCCCAUCUUUGUGAAGCUUGCAAACAAGCUCUUGAUGCAGAGAUGCUUUCACAGAAUCAGGUACGUUUUUUUUUCUGCACAAUGAGAUCCACCCAGACACCAAAGAGUGUAAAAGCCCUCGCUGCACAAAUCUUAUCAAUCAGUAAUUUUAUGUCUGAGUGAACAGAAAAGAGUUUUAGAGUAGCUGAAGAAACACCCAGAAGGUCUCUGCAGAGCUGCAGAAAUAGAUUCUGUUCCCAUGAAUGUAGCAAAGCUAACUGCUGAACACAUCUUUCUCUCUAAGUGUGUGUGUGUGUGUGUGUGUGUGUGUGUGUGUGUGUGUGUGUGUGUGUGUGUGUGUGUGUCCAUGUGCACACAGACAUAUCGCUAUCACAUCCAGCAUGUCAUUGCAUACUUCCUGGUCCACUGAUUGUUGAAGCCGCCCUGAUAACUGAUCAAAGCAUUUUGGUUGGGAAUGUACACUGUUGCUGUAGUGAUUGUUAAGUAGAAUGUAUUUACUCAUAAAGUAAACUUGCUUUUUUGUAGAGAAGCAUAUAAACAGAAUAUAUAUGGUUAAAUACACACAUAUAUAUAUAAACAUGUAUUUAUCUUUUCAACUGCCUGUGUGAGGGUUGCUUUGGGCGCAUCUUCCCCGUUUAUAUAAGUUUCCCUCGUCUUUAUUGCAGGUUUACAGACGUAGUGUCUUAUGAGUGUUUAGUUUGUUUCUUGUAAAUAUCUUUUUUAUUUUGAACACAAGGGGGAUUAAAAGAGACUGUUUUACGAUGCUGCCUUUAAUUUUAUUUAUGUGAUACCUGUUCACAGAAUCAAAGGUUGUACCUGUUACAUGUUAGUCGGGCCGCUGGCGAUGAAUUUCGAGGAUCAUUUGAAUUUGAUGUGUUUUGAUCAGUAGCAACAUUCACUGCAGUGAUGAUCAGUGGUUGUCGCUGUUCCUGACAUAACAUGCUUGAAGAAAAAACUGAAAAUAAACCUGAGACAGUGCUGAAACUCUC